GGUACCAGGAACGGCCAUGAGCGGCCAGAGCGAGCUGCUGUGGCUAGGCGCAGCACUGCUGUUGCUGCUGCUACUGGGGAUGGCGGCUGGGCUCUGUGUGCGUUGCCCCCAAACAGAGCCCAAGAGGCCCGAAAAAAUCUACGAGCGGAGGAGUCUGCAAGAGGGACCCCAGAGCUUUGCAGUGACCCGGACCUAUUCCUUGGUCAGGCCCCUGGGGCUCGCUGGCCCUGACCAGGGGUCCACAAGGAAGGACAAGCUACUGGAGUUCCCGCCCAACCUCCAGGACCCUGCCUCCUCCAGGUACCAGCACUUCAGCAGAGAAAACAGAACAGAGCCAGAGGCAUCUUACCAACACUCCAAUACUGCCGACUAUUACAACUGGGGGCCGCUCCUGAGGCCCCAGGAAGCUCACAAGUGCUGCCCCUCUCUCUCCCGGGCAGAUGAUGACGACGACACUGGGGCCUACGAGAAUGUGCUUAUCUGCAAACCCAAGGCACCCGAGUCAGGCGGUGAGGAUUCAGAAGAUUAUCAGAACUCGGCUUCCAUCCACCUGUGGCAUGAGUCGAGGAGGAUCAAGGAGCAAGGAGCAGGUGGAACGGCGGCUCCCUUCCCACCAGAAAGCCCUGAUGAGGACAACGGAGAGCCCGAUUAUGUGAACCAGGACCCGGCAGUGCCCAAAGCCUAGGCAAGACUGGAAGGAAGGAAGCCCAGAACUCCCCAGCACUGGAUGACCUUGAGCCCUGGUGGUGGCCACACUAUGGGGUCUCUGAGGACCACACACAGCCUGGCAGACCCUGUCUGAGAACAGGUGGAGUGACAGCCGCCCCCUCUGCUAGGAUCAGGACCACCCUGAGACAAGGCAGGUGACUGGUGCAGUCGGUUCCCAGUUCUUGUGAUGCUGGGACCCCCAGGACUCUGGGAUGUGUGCCCUCCCCAGGUCUGCCAUACUCUGGCAUCCUGGAACCCAUGCACCCUCCCAGGCUUACUUUUCACGUAUAUGGGCAGAAGUCCCUAUCCAGGCCAGAGUUCUGUCUUGCUCUUCAGGAAGCUCUCCGCUCCUUCCGCGCUCUCUGCUCCCUGUGGGAGUUUGGGGCACCUGCCUUCCCCAUGCCCCGGUGGAGGCCUUGACUUUGUUGCAAAGAACCAAGACCAGAGGUCAUUCUCAGGGGCCAGCAGUGGACAUGGGACUUGCUGGGGACAAAAGGGACACAACAUGGAGAGGAAGCUGGGACAGUGGCCAGGGGCGCCCCCUGCUCUGCUCCAGGGCUGCCUGUGGCUUGAGCAGCAGAGACAACCGCGCAUGACUGUGGGGUGGAAAGGACAGGAGCCCACAGAGACCUGAGGUUGAGGCAAGGCACCCCCACUCCAGGCAAAAUGUCUCCAUAAACCACUGCAGCUCGCCAGCUUCUGCCUUACAGGAUGAAGAUUAAGG